GGAGCUGCGCGAGGUCGCGCACGCGGCGGGGAGGAAGAUGGCGGCGCCCGUGGAAGUCUGUCAUGUCGCCUGCUGCGCUAACCGGGCGGGCGGCGGGGCCGUGUCCUGGGGGCGGCGGGGGCUCCUCGCCUUCGGCAGCUGCCACGACGUCGUCCUCUACCAGCCGACGGUGAGGCGGGUGGCCGCCGCCCUCCGCGGCCACGCCGGCAGAGUGAACUGCGUGCGCUGGGUCCGCCGGCGGGACGGCGCUUCUGAAACAGAGUUAAUUUCUGGUGGGUCUGAUAAACAACUCAUUCUUUGGGAAUGGAAUAAAACAGCAACGUGGAAUAAUCAGCUUGUGAAAAGCACUCCUCUCAAAGGCCAUGCUGAAGCUGUUUGUGCUGUGGAUGCUGUCUACCAGUCAGAUGAACCUGAUUUAAAUCUGCUAAUAGCUUCUGCGGCUUCUGACUCUACUGUGAGAAUCUGGUCUUGGCAUGGUUCAGAAGCUAAAUGCACUGAAAUUUUGCAGUUUGGAAAUGGAUUUGUUAUGGAUGUCUGCUUAUCCUUCUUGCCUGGCAGCAAUGUACCAAUACUGGCUUGUGGUGGUGAUGACUGCAAAAUACAUUUGUUUAUACAGCAGAAUGGCCAGUUUCAGAAAACAUUAAUACUCCCUGGCCAUGAAGAUUGGAUAAGAGGCAUUGAAUGGGCAGUCUGUGGUGAAGACCUUUUUUUAGCAAGUUGUGCUCAGGAUUGUUUGAUAAGGAUUUGGAAAGUGUGUUCAAAAUCAAAGCCACUUCCAGAACCUGAAGAUGAUUCCUUAAGACUGAAAGAGAAUGUUUUUACUGUCAAAGAUACUGAUACAACAUAUGCAAUUACUUUGGAGUCUGUGUUGGCUGGUCAUGAAAACUGGGUGUAUGCAGUUCACUGGCAACCUUCAUUUUCCAAAGAUGGCAGCAUGCAACAACCAAUGAGGAUAUUGUCUGCAUCAAUGGACAAAACUGUGAUCGUUUGGGAACCUGAUAAGGAAUCUGGAGUCUGGCUAGAACAGGUGCGGGUAGGUGAAGUGGGUGGCAAUACCCUUGGAUUUUUUGACUGCCAGUUUAGUCCAGAUGGUUCAAUGAUCGUUGCUCAUGCUUUUCAUGGAGCACUACACCUUUGGAAACAGGCUACAGUUAAUAAGAAAGAGUGGACUCCAGAAGUUAUGAUUUCAGGACAUUUUAACAGUGUAGAAGAUGUAAAGUGGGACCCAGAAGGAGAGUUUAUCAUCAGUGUUGGUUCUGAUCAAACUACUAGACUCUUCGCUCCAUGGAAGAGAAAACAAGAGGCAGAGGUAACCUGGCAUGAAAUUGCAAGGCCUCAAGUACACGGAUACGACAUGCGUUGUCUGGCAAUGAUCGGCCGGUUUCAGUUUGUGUCAGGAGCAGAUGAAAAAGUGCUUCGAGUUUUUCGUGCUCCCAAGAAUUUUAUAGAAAACUUCAGUAACAUCACUGGUAUUCCAGUGGAGAAGCUGUCCUCCCAUCAAUCAUCUGAUCUUCCAGAAGGUGCAACUGUGCCAGCUUUGGGAUUAUCCAAUAAAGCCAUUUUUGAAGGAGACAUGGCUGCUCAACAAGCUGAGGAUGAAGAAACAUUUAAUACCAUUUCAAACCAGUAUCCUGAGAUUUAUUUUCAACCCAUGAUCCUUACAGAACCUCCCCCAGAGGAUCACUUGCUGCAGAACACCUUGUGGCCUGAAAUUCAGAAGUUAUAUGGACACGGAUAUGAAAUUUUUUGUGUUGCUUGCAAUAAUUCAAACACUGUAAUUGCCUCAGCAUGUAAGGCUUCCAAAAAAGAACAUGCAGCGAUUAUUUUGUGGAGCACUACUUCUUGGAAGAAACUGCAGAGUUUGCCAUUUCACAAUCUGACUGUUACUCAGCUGGCAUUUUCUCCUAAUGACAAAUUUUUAUUAGCGGUUUCUAGAGACAGGAAUUGGUCACUGUGGAGGAAACAAGACUCAUCAGAGUCAGGACCAGUCUUCAGUUGCUGUGCAUACACAGACAAAAAUACAGCCAUUCACAGUCGAAUAAUUUGGUCUUGUGAUUGGACACCAGAUAGCAACUAUUUUAUUACUGGCAGUCGGGACAAAAAGGUCAUUAUCUGGGGCCAGUGCAAUUUAUCUGUGACUACUGAAGGGAAUAUGCUGGAUUCAGUCAAGCCUUGUUCGACAGUACUAGAUGCUGGGGAUUCUGUUACUGCUGUUAGUAUCAGCCCUGUGGUUACUCCUGAUGGAAGGUAUAUUGUUGCAGUAGGCUUAGAGAAUGGGAAGAUUAUCUUGUACACAUGGAAGCAGAGUGGGCAAGAACCAGCACUAGCUGAUUGGACCAUGUGUGUUGAGAUGGAUAGCAGUUAUGUAUGGAUGUCUUAUUGUUGCAGCCAAAGCCAUGCUCUUGCUGUGAAACGUUUAUGUUGGAGACAUCAUGCGGGCAGAGCUGGACAUAAUGAUCAGAACAGCAGUGAGUGGUUGCAGCUUGCAAGUUGUGGAGCUGAUCAUUCUGUUAAGAUAUUCAAUGUCAACAGAUCUGCUCUUUAGCAAAGGCAGCAGGCCUGUGUCUGCAAAACAGAUUCGUAACACUUUAUUUCAGCUUUUAGCUGAUUUGGUGGUUGAAUUUUCUGUUUUUUUUUUUUUUUUUUGCUGUGGAAAGCAAAAUAUAUGACAUGUAACUUAUUAAAGCAACUUUUGUGGUAGUUUGAAAUGUCAAAUAUUUUUCUAAUUCUGCAGUUCCAGGAAUAUGAAGUAUUUUUUAUAUGUUUUGGUUGGUGAAUAUCCUGGAACUGAGGGGUGGGAGGCGGGGUAGGGCAUGGGAGAAGGAUAAUGAGACACCUUUGUUCACUGGGACUCCAAGGGCAGGUGGGAAGCUGCCGGUACCUGGGGGCUUCUGUGCUAGGAAUUGCAAGUGGAGUACUGAUUUUUUUUUUUUUUUAACUCCUUAUUGCUAUUAAGUGUCAGUUGGCUUGCUGGUGCUGACAUUGAAUGUUUAAGCAUGUACAGUUAACCAGAGGUCAGAGUUAAAUAUACAGCCUUCUCCGGUUGCCAUCUGAAUGUGUACUACAGUCCUGGUCCAAGUGUUAGACUGCCUUACUUUAGAAGGAGUAGUUUGUGUUUGCAUGCUUGGACAGGCCUGCUUGUUUCUUUUUAAUUAUUUUUUCUGCUGUGCAGAGCACUGGGCUCGUGCUUCUUGGCCACGUGGGGCUUAAAGCCUUGCUCACAGACCCUUUAAACCUUCCACUGUCUCCCCUGUGUACCUGUGAGCCCUCCCUGAUCAGAGUGCUAUAACAGAGCCACCUCUUACUCUGCUUGAGGGCUCUCCUCUACAGUUUGGUCUGGAAAACCCUACAAAUAUCACUAGGCAGGAGCUAAAAGGUGGCAGCCAUCCCCUACACUGCCUUUGGACUCUGUGACUUUUGAGCUCCUUAUCUAUUCUGGUGAAAAUAGGUUAACUUUGUUGUCAGAUAGUGUUGUAAUUUAGAGUGGUAAUAGAUGGUGAGUACUUCAGAAAAAAGUGUUUACCUCAGCAGAUCUGUAUCUGAUUACAACAUCUAAGCUAGAAAUGGGUUAAACCUUGGGAAUUAACUUAUUUUUGUUCCAGAACCACUUGCUACCUGAACUGAUAGUGCAGAAGUAAUUGGAAUUGUGUUUAACUUUUUACUGUGUUGCAUCUUUAGAUAGAGUACAGUUCUUUCAGAGUGGGCCAAACUCUUUUCAGAAUAAUUAUAGUUUGUUUUAAAGGUUUUUAUAUUUUAGCUUUUUAUUUUCAAAUCUGUUUUUCAGCAUUAAAAAAAAAAAUCUGUACCGUUACUUGGGGGAAUAAAAAUGUGAUUUCUUAAUAAAGAUGCUUUGCUCCAUUUAA